CACGUUUUGCUUUAGUGCAUAUCGAUCUGCUCGGAUUUAAACCCGCCCUCAAGAUAUCACCGACAUGCUGGGCCGGCGAUUCCAUCCAGGAUUCGAUUCGAACCCACCCCGAACUGCCUCCCUCUUUAACAUGCAACACAGGCAAUCUCGCCGAUCUUGCCGGUCAAGAUCACGAAGAUAUACCCACUGCCGCCCACCAUGACAAUACCCCGGCUGCUCGCCCGAGCGUGCACCAAACCAGCCGUGGCAGCACCAGCAGCCGCAGUGCCGCGCAGGGCGCUCGCAACGAAGGCCGCCCCGUUCCCGACAACACCCACCUGCCCGGCGCCGACAUGCGCCUGCGCCGCGACGCCCGACCCGUUGCCCGGCCUCGAGAUUGACCGCCAGGCGCCGCUCAACGGCCUCAUCUCCAACUACGCGCAGCACGUGCUCGUCUGUACCGGCAAGGACGAUUGGCCGUCGCGCAUCGAGGAGGAACACGGCGGCGACAACCUCGUGGCUGACCUGCGCGAGCUGGUCGGGCCGCGCGGGAAGUUCAGCGAUCCGUUCCACAACAUCGCCAUCCUCAACGCCUCCUUCCCCUCUUCGCCGCCGCCCAGACGGCGGCCCGAGCUGCACACCAGCUCCGUCUACCUCCUGCCGCAGUUCAAGUACGUGCCGUACCUGCCGCGCGUCUCGUUCGAAUCCGUCGAGGCCCUCGUCCGCGGCUACCUGCAGCCCGAGCGGCUGCACCCGAUGCACGACGGCCUGUCGCCGAUCCACCGCGACCGGCUGCUGCGCAAGCCCGCCUACCAGAGCCUGCUGUGGGGCGUCAGGGACGUGCGCGAGGUGGUCGUGCUGGUGUGCGGGCACGGCGGCCGCGACCGGCGGUGCGGCCUGUACGGGCCGCUGCUGCGGGGCGAGUUUGAGAGGCGGCUGCCUGAGCAGGGCGUGGAGGUGCUACGCGGUGCGGUGGAGGUGGAGGGCGAGGAUGGGCCUGCCGUGGAAGGGGUUGCCUCGGGGCGGGAGUGGGCCGCGCGCGUGGGGCUGAUCAGCCACAUUGGCGGGCACAAGUUUGCGGGGAAUGUGAUUGUCUAUCUGCCUCCUGGGCUAAGGACCGAGGACGGGGAGGUGCACCCGCUGGCUGGACAUGGGAUCUGGUAUGGCAGGGUCGAGCCGCGACACGUCGAGGGGAUUGUACGCGAGACGAUCCGGCGGGGCAGGGUCAUUGAGGAGCUGUUCAGGGGAGGGAUCACUCAGGAGGGAGAGAUCUUGACGCUAUAGACAGGAGAAAUAUGUUGGGCCUUGCCUGGAGUGAGAACAGCAGCCGGAGAGCCAUCCAUGUAUGGCUCUCCAUGUAUCGCUAAAAGCGCAUGUAUCGCUAAAAGCGUUAUGUCCGAGGAGCACGAUAGCCAUUGGCGGGGCGGAUACUCCGUUACACACGUACGGAUCACUGUAACUAGUGUACUGCAUAUAUGCAUACAUCCUACUCUUACCCCUGUCACUGCAUCUCAACUUCAAU